UGUGUUAGUGAGAGAGAGACGGGGAAAAGGAGAGGGAGGCGGAAUGCAACAGGCUGAGCUCUAUCGUCGCCGUGAGAGGGACUCCUGACUGACAAACACAACUACUACGCUGCACGGCUCACUUCUCCUCUGACCAACCCUCGCUGACCUCCACCCUGAACGCCACAUUCACAUCCCUCGUCCGUCGGCUCCUGUUUGAGUUUUGGUCACGUGACUCCUCCCUGGUCAGCAUCCCUCUCACCUCUCUGCAGCCUGACAACAGCUGAGAGGGGCUGGAUGGCAGCAGCCCAUUUGAAACUCAUUGCAGGCCUCUGACGAAGACCACUCAGAAGAGAGAAGAGAGUCAGAGAAAAGUCACCACAACCACCAGAAGCACUUUUCACGAUGGCAACCAACAGGGAGCACCAAAUGCGUCACAUGACCGGCUUCCCUCGCACUAUGUACCCGUUCACCUUUAACUCCAUGCGGAGCCACUCCCCCUACGACCUGUUGGCCAGCAGCCACCUCUUCGGACGCUUUGGGGCAGACCUUCCCAAAGAGAUGGCUGCAUUGUCGGUGGAGACCCAGAGCACCAGCUCAGAGGAGAUGGUGCCCAGCUCUCCUUCCCCUCCUCCCCCUCCUCGCGUCUACAAACCGUGCUUCGUGUGCCAGGACAAGUCAUCUGGUUAUCACUAUGGAGUGAGCUCCUGUGAGGGCUGCAAGGGUUUCUUUAGGCGCAGUAUCCAGAAGAACAUGGUGUACACCUGCCACCGAGACAAGAACUGCCAGAUCAACAAAGUGACGCGCAACCGCUGCCAGUACUGUCGACUGCAGAAGUGCUUUGAGGUUGGCAUGUCCAAAGAAGCGGUGCGUAAUGACAGGAACAAAAAGAAGAAGGACGUGAAGGAGGAGGUGGUGCUGCCAGAGAACUACGAGCUGAGCGGGGAACUGGAAGAGCUGGUUAAAAAAGUGAGCAAAGCUCACCAGGAAACCUUCCCAUCUCUGGGCCAACUGGGAAAAUACACUACAAAUUCGAGUGCGGACCACAGAGUGCAGCUGGACUUGGGCCUGUGGGAUAAGUUCAGUGAGCUGUCCACUAAGUGCAUUAUAAAGAUUGUGGAGUUUGCCAAGCGGCUACCAGGCUUCACCACACUCACCAUCGCUGACCAGAUCACCCUCCUCAAAUCUGCAUGCCUGGAUAUCCUGAUGCUGAGGAUAUGCACUCGCUACACCCCAGAACAGGACACAAUGACCUUCUCUGAUGGCCUCACCCUCAACAGGACCCAGAUGCAUAACGCCGGCUUCGGCCCGCUCACAGAGCUGGUGUUUGCCUUUGCCGGUCAGCUGCUGCCUUUGGAGAUGGACGACACAGAAACAGGCCUGCUCAGCGCCAUCUGCCUCAUCUGCGGAGACCGCAUGGAUCUGGAGGAGCCCCAGAAGGUCGACAAGCUGCAGGAGCCACUGCUGGAGGCUCUGAAGAUCUACACCCGCCGCAGACGCCCCAACAAGCCUCACAUGUUUCCCCGCAUGCUGAUGAAAGUCACAGACCUCCGAGGAAUCAGCACCAAAGGUACUGAGCGAGUCGUCACCCUGAAGACGGAGAUCUCGGGCCCCAUGCCUCCUCUGAUCAGAGAGAUGUUGGAGAACCCCGAGGCCUUCGAGGACAGCAGCGACUCGGGGGACAGCGCUGCAGCCGCCCCCCCCGCCAUUCAAGCCAUCAAACAGGAAGAGAAAACCACGGAUGAGUCUGCAGUCGAGGAAGAAGAGGAGGAGGAAGAGGACGACUACUGGGACGAGGAGAAAGACAGAGGGGCGGACAGUGACAGGGAGCCGUCGGGGGGGGAGGCGGCGGGGGGGCCAAAGAAGGGCGUGAGUGGGAAAACGCAGUGAGACAGACGCCAUGAUGCUGCUUCCUCCCUCGGAUCACUGAGCCCUCACCCAGCAAUAUCUCUCCUGAGAAACCUCACAGAUUUAGGCUCUUAUACAACAGCAGUGUUUCAUACAGCACAUAUUUACAUAGACUGAAUACUGUACAUGUGGCUGAAAGGAAAGUGUGUUGAAUUCAGUCGAGGAGGCAAUGAGUGGGAGAAGCAAAAGCACUACAUUUCAGUGGGCUGGGGAGAGCAUCGGGAAAACGUCACUGUGCCAAAAUGAGACUGUACAAAAGAUAUUUCAGAAGUGUUUUGUCCACCCAAAGAGGAACUAGAGGUGGUGGACAGAAGAAAAUGCACUCCUCCGCUAUCUAUAAGGGCUAUGCUUUGCAUACAAUUGAUGGUAAACAUACUUUGCAACAACUGAACACUACGUGGUGUCCAUUUUCCGCAAAUGUCUUCUCAGAAUUCCUAUUAUCGCUAUUCAGAGAUAUGCGACUUAUUUUUUAAUAGUGGUUUUUCUAUGCAUGUACACGUUUCUGUUGUCUUUUUUCCUGUCUAUGGGACUUCUUGUUGCUUUUUUGUAUAUUCUUCACUUUCAGUCCUGCUCAAAUUUGACUUGACACAUAGUUUAUUUAGCUUGUCUUGUUAUUUGUAUGCAUUUCUGCUACAUUGGACACAGUGAAAAGCAAUAGUAGAUAGUAAAGGGAGCAAAAGCAAAGAGAGAGCAGGUCGUGAGCAGGACUCAAACUCGCAUGUAGUUCGUGAAACAUCGGAAAGACAAUAAGAGGAAGACUGUCAUUCAGCUCUGGUUCUUGUGAUGCAAAUAGGACUCGAACAAAUAAUGCAAAACAAACGCAGCACACUAUAUCCACCUUCUGACAAAAACACACACAAUUUCAGAAGAUACUAAAGAAUCUGCAGGGUAGAUUUAAUGUCAUCACAAAAUCUCAGGUUGAUUCUUUUAGUGCCAAGUCUCACCUGAAUUUUGAGAAACUGCUGCUGUGAACGCACCCCUGUUCAAUUAAAAAGUCUUCUUACAAUAAAGAGUAGAGAUGAUUAGAAAUAGAAGUUGUUGAUCAUGCCCUUGGUACAGUGCAUCAGGUACACAUAAGCCAUAUUGUUUUCAUUUUGUAAGAGUGAGAAUACAAUCUUCCAAAUGGGCACAACACUUACAAUCAGUACUUCACAGAAAAUCUCAGGUGUGUGUGCAUUAGUGUGUCUACCAACCCACAGAGUGAUGUUGUAGAUGUUACUCUCAUUAGUGCCAUAAUCCACAGCCAGCAGUUAAGCAGAAGUUGUAAGUAUCUUAAAAAUGCAUAUCAAAUACGUUUUGUAGCGAACUUUCAAAUGUUCUCACCCAAAGACUUCUGUUGGACAUUGAUACCGAUGUAAGCUGAUAUUUGAUCACAUGAUUGAAUAACACGAGGUUGCAUCCAUCCAACAACAUUAAGAAAACAAAAGCUUUACAUUGGGUUCCCUAUCUGCUGAAGCACGGGCAGCCGUUUCAAAUGUGUGCUGUAUCUCAUGAGAUACAUGAGAUUUUGUAAAAUAAAUCAUUUGUUUUUCA